CCGAGGGGGCGUGGCCAAGGGGCUCUGAGGCGACGACGAAGGAGAAGGCCUGGUCGGCCAUGUUGCAGCUGAGGGACGCGGCGGAGGGCGGCGGCGGCGGCGGGCUCUCCCCGGGCUCCGGCGACGCGGCGGCCGUCCUGGUGCCCUUCACGCCGCCGGGGGAGCUGCCUCCGGCGCCGGGCUCGUCGUCGCUGUCUCCCCGGCAGACGCUGCGGCCUCUCAGCGUCCACAACCCCACCCGCAGCGGGCGCCUCAAGGAGUACUUCGUCUUCCGACCAGGGACCAUUGAGCAGGCUGUGAACGAGAUCCGGGUGGUGGUGAUGCCCACUGAAGACGGCGAGGUCCAAAGCGUGUGGUUGCUGACCGAGAUCGACCACUGGAACAACGAGAAGGAGCGCUUGGUCCUGAUCACCGACUGGUCCCUGUUGAUCUGCAAGUACGACUUCAUCAGCCUCCAGUGCCAGCAAGUGACCCGGAUUUCGCUCAACGCGGUGGACACCAUUUCCGUCGGAGAGUUCGAGUUCCCUCCCAAGUCCCUGAACAAGAGAGAAGGCACCGGGAUUCGAAUCCAGUGGGACAAGCAAAGCCGCGCCUCCUUCGUAAACAGGUGGAACCCGUGGGCCACCAACGUGCCCUACGCCACCUUCACGGAGCACCCCAUGGCCAACGCGGACGAGAAGAUCGCCUCUCUUUGCCAGCUGGAGCACUUCAAGACGCAGCUGAUCCAGGCGGUGAAGAAGGCGCACAAGGAGUGCCCGCUCCCCGGGAGGGCCAACGGGGUGCUGCUCCUGGAGCGCCCGCUCCUCAUCGAGACCUACUUGGGCCUGAUGUCCUUCAUCAACAACGAGGCCAAGCUGGGCUACUCCAUGACCCGAGGCAAGAUCGGCUUCUGAGCGGACGUGGUCGAGAAAACCCCGGUGCAGACAAGCAUGUCGACUUUCCCGUUUCCCGUUUUUGUCCACACGAGAUGGCCGAGAUCCAAUCCGCUUCGGAAUUAAACUCACUGUCGCGACUCUGUAAUAUUUUUAUUUUUUGGUGCGAGUUUCCGAGCACGUUCUUCCUUCGACGUCAACAUCCAUAUGUAUUACGUUUCGGCACGUUACGCAUGAUUUGUUUGCAUUAUUUCCCGCACAUCUUUUCGAGGAUAAGAUUACUCGUUUUCCCAUUUUUUGCCCGAUAGGAUCCAGUUUUUUUUUUCUACCAAAACAAAAGGGCAUUUUGGAAUUGCUUUGUACUUUUGUAAAAAUUCAAUCUGAAUCAAUAGCACCAAAGUUUGCAAGAAAAAGACUAGAGCGUUGUAUCCCUUCCUUAAAUUUGUAUGGAGAUCGUGGUGUCACACUGUCGCAUAGCUGGGAUCCUAUAUACAUAUUAUUAAUAUUAUUAUUACUGAUAAUAUUAUUAUUAUCAGGUUGCUUUUGCACCCAAGGACUCGUCCGGAUUGUCCCGUUUUCCUCGUGUGCCUUGCAUGCGUUUCCUGUGUCAAUAUUCUCCUUUCUACAAAGUCGUCUUAUGGAAAAAUGAUGAUAAUCCACAUUUUUAUAGCGCUUGCUCUCUUGAAAGAUGAUUUUUUUCCCUGUAAAAUGGUGCUGUAACGCAACCGAUAGCAUGUUGGGGUUCGGGCCGUUGUAUUGAAAGCUUAAUAAACGCAGCUUAAUGUGAA